AUGAACUUCACUUGGAUCUGCUAUGCAAGUGGUGAGAACCUUGAUAUUACUGACCCAAGUGCACUGCCUGUUGUGUAUCCUAAUGGAUCUUCCUCAACAGCUGAUGGAUCUGGAGGCUGCUUUAAUAAAGGACCCGGUAGACUGCCAUUCAACGACAGUUCUUUUAAAAUAACAUUCAACAACAGUUUGAUGGUGCGAGGGUUUACAUAUUACAUGAUCCUCAGAGUAGAGAAACGUCAACGUUUUGAUUAUUAUAAACAGAAAGUGGCCGUGGCGGAGGCUCCUCCUCCGUUUAAUAUCAGGUGCGUGGUUUGUUUUCUUAAAGAACUGUACAUCUGCGCUAACACAGCGGUCAAACGCCUACGCAUGUGCGGACGUUGUAAUAAGUAAUCAUGAUAGGGUAGCGUGCUUUCAGACUCUAAGAACCAAGUUGUCUCAGACUAGUUACAAACAACCACACAAGCCAGUAACUCAUUGUGUUUUAAAAGCGUAUAAGUUGUUUUUUAAAGCUCAAAAGAGAAUGGAAAGUGCACUAAGGGACAGAGAUUGUUUCUUAUGUUAUCCUUUGAAAGAGUUCUUCUCCUCAUGCAUCACGACAUUUGAACGUAUAGUUAUCUACGGUGUAAUAUAUGAUCUAUACCUAUCCAACAUGUCUGCUUUGAACAUUUUCCUAUGUAUCACAGCUGUAUGGCGAAUUGCAAGCGAAAUGCAGUCAUUAACUUGCGACUUGAAUUGUAUGCAGUGUGCAUGGGACCGGCAAGCAAAUGCGCUCAAAGCCUAACAUACAAUUGGUUUAUGUACGAAAAAGACAAAGAUGGCGGAGGUAAGUUUUUAUCUGAAUCAGUAAGAAUGAACGAACCUAUUUAUGAAUGCUUAAGAGGAUAAGCGGAGAAACAGCCAAGGAGUCGCACAACUGUUCCUAUUCGAACAUACAUUAGGACGACAAACACAAUUUCAUUUUAAUAAAGAAAGGAUGUUGCAUCGCUGUACCAACACACUGUUACAGGUCUGAAUUAACGAAUUCCUUGCUAUUUGUCUCAGAAAGUUUAGUGUAGUAUCAAGGUACCCCGGUCUAUCAGAUAAGCUUCUUUAAAUUCAUCAUCACUUUAAUUUAUCGAUAUUGCCGGGAAAAGUUAUAUGUGUUCUUCACCUUUGAAAGUACCAAGUGAUGAAAUUUUUUGUCUUAUAUAUGCCUGAAACCCAAACACAUAUUUGGCAAUAGGAAGUGCCAACCUGCAGGAGAAGUUAAAACACUAAUAGGUUCGACCCUUUUAUUUCAAUCGUCGGCUGAUGGAUAAAGUAUUCUGUGUUUGCAUCUUAAUUGGCUUAGGAGAAUGGAAGAAGACACCUGGAUUCUACCAGGCAUUGAUAACAUCAUCCACUAGCAGAACGAUUUUUUUGAUGGAAAACUUUCUCCAAAAGGAGAUGUUCUACCAGAUACGAUUUCGGACGGUGACGGCAUACAGAGGAGAAGGAUAUUCGUAUUACUACUUCCAUACAAACAGUCCUCCCAAAUCGGGGACGUGUGAGACAGAUAAGAGCGAAGGGAAAGCAGCCCUGGAAACUUUCCAUUUACAGUGUAAUGAUUGGUACGAUACGGAUUUACCACUGACUUACCAAGUGAACAUUCCGAAAGAGGAUGGCACUUACAUCAUUUUAGCAUCGGAAACAAAUAAUUCUCUACCGUUACGUCUACCAGUGGGAAAUGAAAGUGAUGGUAAUCGAUUGCAACUUGAAGUGGUGAUCACUGACUCUCUCUUGGCGUUUGCCAAAGCAAAUAUAACUGUAUUCGUAAGUAUUAGCAUAAGAGGAGAUGGGGUCCCUGUUCCACACCUUGGAAUAAGUUAAUAAGAUAUUUCUCAGAUGCCCGAUACCUCUGCUUGGAAACGAGAGUUCUUGCGAAACUUUCUUGAGGAGAUUAUCUUUUUGUUCUCGUGCUUUAAGUAAAAUUCAUUUUGAAACAAAGUUUUUGAACUUUUUUUCGAUUUCAAAGAGACGGUUUUCUAGGGCUUAGAAAUGAUCUAUUCCGCUAGAGCUACGGAGUUACGCGUGCACCGUUGGUGGAUUUAAUUGGGGCUGGAAGCUAUAAUAUGAUGUAAAAUGAGAUAAAACUUGAAAAACAAGGAAAGCAAGACAAAAAACAAAACAAAACAAAACAAAGCAAAACAAAAGACAAGGGACAGCUCCUUUGGAACAGCGUUCCUUGUUCGGAAAAUGAAACUGAGCGAGAAGUCACAAUUUAAACCUCUGUUCACUUGCCGUAUUUUCUCGAAUAAGCGCCCGGGCACUUAUUUAGAAUUUCUGCUAAAAGGAGGAGCGCUUAUUUUAGGAUGGACACUUAAUCGAGGGGUGCGCUUUAAGAUAGCGCAACAAUAAGAAAAAAAUCAAAAGAACAGAUACAAACAUUAGAGAGCACUGCAAGCAUAAUUACAGUGAAACGGAAAAAGGAACUAUUGUCAAAAAAAGUUGUAAAUUAAUUCGCAAUAGAAAUGAAAGUGCGUUCAGAUAAUAUAGAGCUGAGUUCUAGUAAGUUUUAUCCUUUUUCAAAUACUUCUUUCGAUUCAUACUUCAAGAUAAGAGUCGAGACUUGAACAUUUUUGCAGGUAUACAAGCCAUCGAAAGAGGAAUUCGAUUCUAGUGCAUCAAGUUUAACAGGUGAAAACAGCGAGCUUGAAGACAUCGUUCAUAAGGGAAAAGAACAAAGCGCGGUACAGCUUAGUAUUGGCAUUCUGAGUGCUGUCAACGCACUGGCGCGAAGCAAUGCUACAACCAACACUACAGCGGUAAGAUAAAACGUGUUACUUUAUGACUUUAUGAAAGAUACGGUGGCCGAAUUGGCGAUAAUACGCCAAACCACGCAUCAAGGGAUCCGAAGUUUAACCCUGACCGAGCUACUGUUGUGUGUUCUCGGAAAAGAAACUUCCCUCUCACUGCAUCUCUUUUUACCCAAUAUCACAAACCUUUCCAUUAUGUGGCUUCGUAACUAAGUUGGAAAUGACGCCCUACUAGUGUCUGAAAAUUCCCUUGUUAACGCAAUUAUUUUUUUCAGGCUUUUCCCUGUAACACCCAAUAAAUUGAUUAUGUUGCAGCUCAACUGAGGGUAUCUUAAUGUCCGCGGGUCAAACUUUUAAUUUUAUUUCAUUAUUGAUAUUUUAAUUCAAUUUGUUACUUCAGCAAUGUAGUCUCUAAGCCUAUUCCUCUUUUGCUGACAUUUUUCUUUUCAUUGACAGAUACGUGAUAACAUUAUUAAUAGUAUAACAAAGUUACCAGUGAAUGACACUUCAAGUGUGAAUCAGAUAGCGAGUGUACUGGUCGAGGCUACAAAGGAAGAAGGCGCCAUUUCUCCAUCAUCAGGGGUAAGCAAAACUUUUGUCUCCAAGUAGUGAUUUACACAUAACAUCAUUGAACAAGCAUGUGGCGAGAAAGGAGGAACUUAUCAGAUAAUGAUAAUCAAAAUCGGCCUCCUUUGGUCGGGGCUGAUCAUGGAUUGUACAUCCUAGCUGUCCUGACCGACCCCUCGAACAAGGAAGGCGUGAUGUUUUCUAUCCUGCCGGAAGUAUGUGUGAUACCUAGUCUCUGGUCUCUGGUCUCUGGUUACAAGACUCGGAAAGUUCGCCUCCGUUUCUUGGUUUAUUACGCUGGUAAACCGAUACAGAGUGCGGUUUAUUGCUUAACUCGACUAUACAAUACUAUUACCGUUUGCGCAUGUCUCUUUGAAUUUAUUUGAUUAGGUGAUCUUCAAAUCUCUAUUAGUAAUUACUUGAUCCUGCUCUUCAUGCUACAACGAAAACUGAACUUUUUACUGAUAAACUUCUAACUUCGGUUGCCGUUUUGUAGAAGAGUCUGUUUUGUUUUCAAGUGAAUCCUGCUUUGCUCCUUAGCCUAAGAAUUCAACAACAUUAUGAAAGACGAACAUUAAACCCAAAUAAACAACUCUCUCUUCAGCUCCAAGCCCUAGGAGCGUGCGAGAACAUGAUGUCUGUCUUGUCCCGGGAAAAAAACAACACGGAGUCUAGAGAUGGAGUCGAUAAUGCUGGAAAACAAAUCGUGUUGGUGGCAGGGAGCUUGUUAGGAGGAGCAGUUUUGUCCAGCGGAACUGCGAAUGGUUCACAGGUCAGAGCACCAUAAAACAAAAUGUCAGUUACCAUAAGCUACGAUCAGAAUCAUACAGCCCUAGGCUAUUUGCUUCUACUGAAUGUUGAAAGAGGACCGUUUUUACUAUAAAUUUAUAUAAAUUCGCUGAACUCAUUCGAAAAGUAACUUUUCAAGUGUGCACUUGUUUAAGCGGUUCUUUUUAAUUGGUAGUGUCCACACCAAUGUUAGUGCUUCGACGCUUAAAAGUAUUUUUUCCUUUUUUUGGAUUGAAAUUCUUCUUUUCAAAGCAAACAAUGCGGGUCUUAGCAUCAUGACAAACUACCCAUCGUAAACAAAAUUUUAGAGAGUGAAGUUUCUGAUAAUUUGUUUUAAACUUUUGUUUUCUAACUUUUCAGUUUGGAGACAUGGCCAAGAAGGCCUGGAACUUGACAGACACUCUGGCCAAGGUUUUUCUUGACCGUUUGCUUCCCGGCGAGACACCUGCCCUCUUUGACAGUCCACGCAUUUCUAUGCAGUUGUACCGUCAGGGAGCUAGUGAAGCCCUACCACGGAGUUUGGAAGUCAGAGGGGGCUCAUUUUCUCUUCCAUCGAACCUCUCGUUGGGCAAUGGCUCAAAGUCCAAAAUCAUUGAUCGAAAUGUAAGCUGGAACAAUACGUGACCUGAAGGUUAAGUAAUCUCACAAGCUUUGUGCUUGGGUGGAUGUUAGUCUAUCGUAGGUAUCCCUCACACUGGUCCGGGCCUCCUGGUUAUGCACGGACGCCUACCCACACCUUAAGGUGAAGUCAGUACGAAUGCACCAGUUUUUUGUUUUUUUUUAUAGAUGACAGUCCUCCUUUGUGAUUUUUUUUUUCAAGAAUUGGUGUAACGUCACUUAUAAUUGAAUGGUUGAUUUACAGGUCGCCUCCCUAAGGGACUGUUAUCAAUAGGGUAAUUCAGUAUUGUCAACUAAAUUGAUAACGUAAAUUGGCAUUGGGAUAAUUUUGAAAGCUGACGUUUCGAGCGUCAGCCCUUCGUCAGAGCAAAUGAUUAUCAAAAGACUUCAACAGGUACGCACCCUUCCGACCAAUUAGCUCUGAUAACAGGAAGAUCUUGUUUGUUCCUUUGAAAGUAUCUGGGGACGUUCUGCAUGCUGCUCGAAAUGAUUUAAAAACGACGCAUUGAUCAUGCGCGGCCAUGCUGAUUUUUACCGUCUCAAAAUUUCAUUUUGCCUUAGGUGCAAUUCUCAGAUUUGGAUCCUUUCAUAUGGCGGAAGAAUGAUACCCUCAAACCAGGAACACCUGUGGUCAGCCUUUCUUUCCUGGAUGAACAUGGAAAUCUGAUACCAGUUCAGAACUCUGGAUCAGACAUUGAGAUUAAUAUCCCUGCGAAAAGUCUCAGUCAAAACAUACCAGUUAACUUUGUUAAUCCGGUGAAUGGCACCAUGGCUUACCAUACUUUUCGAGUUGAACAUAAAGACACGGCGUUUUCUCUUCGAAUAGAACCGUUCAACGAGUCACGCUUGGAGGUAUUUUUGAGGCAUCGGAAAAGACCAAAUGACACGCACUUUGAUUAUAAAAUCAUCUUGCCUGAUUUUACCUCGUGUUUACCACCAGGGGAUGAAAAUUGCACAGUUUUAUCUGAGUUUAUGCAGUGCUUAGGAAAGGUAAAUGUGUCAUCUACUUAUCAUGAUGCCAAAUUUGCCAAACCUGGCCAACCCAAAACUUGUGGUCCCAAGAAUGAAUCCGUUCCCACGCCUGCACCGUCUGAAAACGACGGAGACGCACUCAAAUGUCCUGAUAUCUGCAAAUAUGAGAAUCUCACGUACACUAACUGUUCAUGCGAUGAAAUUCCUAAUGUGUACUUCCUUUUUAACAAGACGAUCGAGGAAAGUGCUGAGACGUGUAGAAAUUUCACAAACUUUACAAAGUGCCCAAACGAUACUCUGCUUUGUAAGAACUCUGUUAACGUGUUAUCUUGCUAUGCACUGGAAUUACAACGCUACCAGGAGUGCCGGGAGAUCCUUUUCACGCCUCGUAAACUGUUUUAUGAUACUUAUGGAAGGUGUCUUAAGGAUCCGUUUAAAGUUUUCUUCAAUGAUUCGUUUGCAAAACUGGGCAAGUGGUACGUUGGCAUUAGGCCAUAUAUAACUCCCAUUGUCAACCACACAAAUUUUCAAAAUUCUGGUAAUUAUACGAUUCAAAAGUGGUGGCACUUGUCAUUGAAUAUGACAAAAAAAAAAGAGGUGAAAGAGUUUCUUGAGGAAUCCGUCGUCGAGCAGAUGAGUAAGUACUAUAACGCAACAUUAGAGCUAAAUGAUUGCUGGUGGUACAAUGGCGUAAAAUGCAAAGAUGUUGUAAGGUAUCUCCUUAGGCUUUGGCAGAAGUGGAUGGAAGAGAACAGCGAUGAUCACGAACACGAUGGUCACAAAAACGAUGAUCACGAUCCCGAUGAUCACGAGCACGAUAAACGUCGCCGCAAACGAAGGUCACUCUUGCCAAAAGACAACGACCCAGAAUCAGAUGUCAAGGCAGAAACACUUUGCAUAAAAGUCGACGAGAAGCCUGCUCCGCCUAAGGUUGGGGCAAAAAUGGAGCUCAUUGAAAUACCCGUUCGUGACAUAGAUGUUUCGACUUUGUAUACAUUUGACGUUAGGUUUUACACGUGCCUCUUUUGGGAUGAACUGAAAGACGAAUGGAGCACAAGAGGGUGCAAGGUAAAAAAAUCUAUAGGUUUUUGAUAAAACCAUACCAAACACCGUUUUAAACUACGCAGGGUAUUUUUUUUCACAAACGUCGCAGCUUAACGAUUGUUUGACUCGAGAGCAAAUUUUUAUAAGUGACGCAGAAAGAGAUAAAUUUGGGAUAAGUAGUAAUUGGUUCUCUUUUACUCACAGCCAGAAUUGUAAGAACAUUCGUGAGAUCCUUUAUCCAGUAGCUAAUUUUGUCUGUUUUCUUUUCUUUAUCUUUUCCAAUUGUCUUUUUCAUCUUCUUAAUCGAAUCAUAUUUACCCACAUACAUUUAACUACUGAAUAUUCCUUCAGAAGCAUUUUACGUAUUUCAUGUAUCAUGAGACGUAGUAAUUAAGAAACUUACUGAUGAGUUGCACUUCUUUCUUUAUCUUUUUCACAGCCUGGUCCAAACUCGACUGACGAAGUCUUGCAAUGUUUCUGCAACCACCUGACCUCAUUUGGAGGAGAGCUUUUCCCUCCUCCCAACACCAUUGAAUUUGACUCGGCAUUUCUGGGAUUUGCCAGCCUCGGCGAGACUGGAAAUGUCGGAGUAAUUGUCGCCGUUGGUGUUUUUUUCCUGACGUAUGUUAUCACAACAGUGUUUGCAAGAAAAGCUGACAAAAGAGAUGAAAAGAAGGUGAGAUGAGUUGGUUUUAACAACUAAACUGAUAUUGUAAUUUUGCCACGUAAAGAGUUUCUCAGGCUUACAUUUCCGGUCUUAGAUAGGUAUCUACAUCAUGGCGCCAUGUGAAUAUUUUCUUGCUGUUUCAGUCAUUGUAAAGCUGGCUAGCUGGAUCAAAUAUUUUUCUGAUUUUACCCCUAUGAUUUUGAUAUUAAGUGUUUUUAGUUUUGUUGUUAUUGUUUUUGCUGCUGUUUCCUUGUCGGGGGGGGGGAGGGGGGGUGGAAUUUCGGUGCUAUAAAACAACAUUGUAAUAAUUUAAUUCCCCGUAACGGUAACGGUAAAAUCAUAUGGAUCAUACGUUCUAAUUGACAAAUGUAUCCCUUGUUGCCAUGCGCCUGUUCAGUAACACGAAACGCAGUCGAGUGUGUUCCUGAUGGUCUUACCAGAUUUUUACGCGAUCCCUAUUACUGUACAGACUUACGGCAACAUGGAAUGCACUUUUUUUGUAUGAUAAAAAAAAAAAAACCAAAAUGUUGUUAAUGGUAACGUCAUGUAUGUGUGUUUCCUCCAAUAGAUUAUAAGUAAGAAGCAAUUGUGUAUAAUUCAGUAUAUCAUACAACUUUUUUGUUUUUGCUUUAUAGCUGUCCGUGUCCAUUCCUGUACGGACAACAUUUCCUGGCACUCAUGUCUACGAGAUUGCUGUUUACACAGGAGUGUUUGGUUCAUCUGGUACAACUGCCAAUGUUUCUAUGAUGAUCAAUGCCGAAAAUGGAGAGACAGAGAUACUUCCAUUACUGGACAUGAAUGGUAGUAAAAAUCCAUUUUCUCGAGGCAGUGUAAGUUCCUUUGUGGUGAAACUUCCUCGUGUUCUUGGCCGACUAAACUAUGUGAGAUUGUGGCACGACAACUCAGGCGCAAGUCCUUCAUGGAAUCUUCAUCAGGUUGUAGUUCGUCACGUGGCAACAGAUCAGAAAUGGUUCUUUAUGUGCAACCGCUGGUUGGCUGUUGAAAAGGAUGAUGGACAAAUUGAAAGAGUACUUUUUGUGGCCAAUCGAAAACAGUUGUCCGGAUUCCAUAAUCUCUUUUACACAAGAGCCUCAAAAGACAUAGGAGAUGGUCACAUCUGGUUCUCAGUUUACACCAAACCACCAAACAGUUCUUUCACUCGAGUGCAGCGCUUAACUUGUUGUAUAUCGCUUCUGUUUUCCUCCAUGUUUGCUAAUGCAAUGUUCUACGAAUAUGGUUUAAAACAACAAGGUCUCCAAAUUACGUUUGGUCCGAUUAACUUUAACUGGAUAGAGUUGAUGAUUGGAAUUCAAAGCAGUUUGGUAGUCUUGCCUGCAAACCUAUUGAUCAUAACCAUUUUUCGUUACAUUAAACCAGAAUCAUCGGUGAAGACAAAGAAAUGUAGACUGCCUCAUGGUUUUAUUUACAUAGCAUAUACACUGUCAUUACUAACAGCCCUGACAGGUGCCGCCUUUACAAUGUUUUACAGCAUGGUGUGGGGAACUGAGAAGUCCAACAAAUGGAUCACAUCCGUUGUUGUCUCUCUAGUGCAGGACAUCUUUUUCAUUCAGCCCCUUAAAGUGAUCCUUGUUGCUUCUUUGCUGUCUAUUUUGCUACGCAAGCCCCCGGAGGAAGACAGAGAAGAAGUUCAGGAUGGCGAGGUCGCGGAGAUUUCAAGCACAGAAAUUGAGGGCUCAAAUCCAGUUGAAGAUGAGCUGCAGAGCCCUAAGACGCUGUCGGAGCUUUACACUCCUCCUGAUCCACUUAAAGUGGCAAUUGCCAGACAAAAGAGGGUCAAGGAAGUUAAAAUGUGGAAAUUUCUCUUUAAAUUUGCAUUACAUUUUGUGUUUGCCCUACUUUUGGCGGUAGUUUGUUACGGAGGUAUAGGGAGCGACAGAUUUAGAUUGAACAAAAACAUGGAGGACAUCUUCAAUGCAAAACUUGACAAGGUAGGCUAUGAGGUAAUAUGCAUUUCUCAUCAGUUGCUCUUUGUCACAGUUUUAAGUGGAGGAAGGAAUUUUAAAAGAGCUUUCAAGAUUGCUCUUACUUCAUCUGCCUCUAUUUCUAUUCCUUGGUAGCUAUUUACUGAUGAAAUUAUUUUUGUAAUCAUGUCUGUGAAAUCUGAAUACAGAAAAUUUUCAUCACAAUUUGUAUAGGUAAUCACAUGAUUUCGAGUGCAAUUUGGGAUAAAUCAGCAUUGGUAAAAUUUUCAAAGGCUAACCAAAUUGCUCGAACCCGUAGGGCAAGCGCAAUUUGUAGUCUUGGAAAAGCUUACGAGUACUGAUUUAUCCCAAAUUGUACGAGAAAAUCAUGCGAUUACUGGUUAAUAAUACACAAGCAAAUAUAUGACUCUGUUUUCCUUUGAAGUUUUCUUUAUAUCCAGUUCGGCUGCUUCCCCAUGCCUUGUUCUCUGUGUUGCCAGGCUUUCCUCUAAAGAAUAACUGAGCGUUUGCAAUCUUUCUCUGUUAGGUAUCAGUCGAUAGCAGUAACCAUUAAACUAAAGCCAUCACACAUACAAAAAUUUCAUCAUGUUGAUAAGCUUAUCAGCAUGCUGAAAUUUUUGCAUGUGUAUUAUCAAGGGUGUCAUAACAUACUCUUAGUUAUCUCAAAGCAGAGCUUAAUUGUCAGCCCGGUCAUAUGACGUGAUACCAAAUGGCAUAGAAACAAAGACUGGGUCAGACAUACAUGUUAUCAAACUAAACAGAGCCUUCCGUUUCGAUUACAGGCCGGCUUCUGUGCUUCCAUAAUGAAGCAGUGAAAAUCCAGAAGACAUUUCUGUUUGGUAUAUUGUUUCUGUAUCCAACUCUCAUGCGCAAAUUCUCUUACUGUAGGUCAAGAAUGUACACACAUUUUGGUGGUGGUGCGAGAAUUUUAUGCUUCCUGGUUUGUACAGUGCCCCAUGGUACAAUGGACAACCAUUUGAAGAGGAAGAUUUCUUCUCAAAUAAGAGGGCGUUUAUUGUCGGUCUUCCCCGACUACGGCAGCUGCGUAUAAAACCAGGUACUGCAAUAAGGUUAAAACCAAAAAAAUUAAACCAUUCUAUAAACUCCUGCUUGUCUAGAGCGGUUAUCAAUCUUAAUGAUAGGACGAUUUUGAUAAAGCGGUUCAGCAGAGUUAUGUCUACUCGUUUUCAAAACACUUCUGCUUUAGACACGCUAACAUUUAAGUUGAAACGAAUAGGCUAUUAUUUGCCUUGCCAUGUACUCAAGCAUUCGAACUCUUUGAGGUCAAAAAUGGUAAAAACAAAUAAAACGAAGCAAAUACUACGUCCAAGGAAAUGGCCCAAGAUCCACAAUAACAACACAUUUUCUAGAAAUUUGGGGUUCUAGACAUUAAGGCAUCAUUUUCCUGCCCAGUUUUGUCAACUAACCAUCUAGUGUGCCACAUAUACCACUCAUACAAAAGGAGUUUUAGUAAAUAUGGUUUUUGCAUUAGUUUGUUAAGGAUUAUCAAGCUGAUGUAAAAAUUUUUUUCAUAUUUUAGAGCCAUGUCUUACUUGGUCUGCUUAUCCAGAGUUUAAACGUUGGUUUCCUCGAUGUUAUCAUGAGUUUCAAGGCAGCAACCUUGAUGAGGGCCAUUCAAGCCUGGAGUUAAUUGAUGUCUCGCCAUUUUAUGCCGAUAUCGGAACUGGCAGCAACAGCGGUUACAGUGAUAUUAGCAACAGUAUUAAUGGUAGCAGUUACACCAAUGAAAGCAUCCAAGAAAUAUUUUCCAUCGUGCCAAUCACGUGUGACCACACCGUCAAAUUCCAGGAUGCAACGUCCUUAGGCACUUUACCUAUUAUCACGGCAUUCGGCACUUAUUACGGUGGCGGACUUGUAGCAGAGUUAGGAUAUGAAAGAGAGACUGCCUGGAAGGUCAUUGCCAACCUUAUUGCUGACAACUGGAUUAACAGACGGACAGUUAUUGUGUUGUUUGAGUUCGUUACAUUUGAGCCCGCGACAAAUCUGUUCGCUUUUACUCGUUAUUCUUUCGAGUGGUUACCUACGGGAGGCAUGGAAAUAUCUUAUCGUAUUGACCCCAUUUCGUUUUCCCGCAGCACCAGUUCACACACCGGCUCAGUUUUUAUUGCAUGUUACGUAAUCAUUGUUUUAAUACUCGUAUACUCUAUAUACAUAGAAAUACGCGAAAUGCGUCAGUCGGGCUGGGCUUACUUGAGGGACAUAUGGAGUUUUCACGAGUGGACAUUGAUAUGCCUCACACUUACAACUAUGGUGAUAUUCUUCUUCAAAGCCGAACAAACCAGAAAACUCGUCGCGAAAGUUCAUGAAAAUCCUUAUGGCCGGAUGAGUUUUGAUUAUGUUGCGUUAUGGACAGACGUUGAAAAUGUGGUUAUUUCCAUGGUUACCUUUCUGUCCACACUGAAGUUCCUUCGCAUCUUGAAGUUCAAUAAGCAUAUCUCCCAGUUGGCGAAAAGCAUAAAUGUAUCCCGAGGUCCUAUGACAUCGUAUUCACUUGUAUUCCUUGUGGCUCUUCUGGCAUUUGCCGUCAUAGGUAACAUGCUGUUUGGACGUUCAGCGUACAUGUUUUCUACAUUCACGAGGUCAUUGGUGAACGUCUGCGAGAUGAUACUUGGCAAAGGAACUAAUUAUGACGAGCUGGAAGCCAUAAACCGUUCUCUCGGGCCGUUCUUCAUGUUUUUUUAUUUUUCCGGUAUGACUGUUUUCAUGAUGAACUUCUUUGUGGCCAUACUGAACGACUCCUUCACAGACGCGAGAGAAAUCUUGGAAGAAAACCCAACCGAGGACAGCGAAAUGUCCGAUUUUAUCGGAGAAUAUGCCAAGGCCAUGCUGAGGGAAAUAUCAAAAGAGUUAGGAGGAAGCGGUGGAAAAAGUGUAAAAUAUGCUACAUAUGAAGACAAAUUCGUAUCGUACAGUAAAGAAGCGAAAGAACGGGACUUUUUCUUGUACUAA